UGAACUUACUGUUUACACAGAUGACGCUGCUGUAUUUACUAGGUACAGUGAUUUGUUAAACGAAAGAGGUUAUUAAAAUAUUUACAAUCUUAUACAAUUUUGUUGUAAAGUGAUCAUGUCGUUAGCGGAUGAACUUUUGGCGGAUCUUGAAGAGAAUGAUGACUCUGACCGUGUUAUGGAAGAACCAGAGCCGGACUUUAUUCCGACUUCAGUUUCCAAAACUAUUGAAGAAGAAAUAAAAGUUGCUUCUGUAAGAGAAUUAGCAAAAUUACGUGACUCAGAACAGUUACAAAAAGUAAUGUCUCACAUUGAAAAAUACAGUAAAAUUCCUAGAAAGUCAGUGGAUAUUAUUGGACCCGUUGAGUCCGAUCCAGAAUAUCAGCUUAUUGUUGAAGCUAAUAAUAUGGCUGUGGAUAUUGAUGAUGAAAUAGCGACAAUACAUCGAUUUACAAGAGACAAGUAUUCUAAAAGAUUUCCAGAAUUAGAGUCAUUAGUUGUUGGUCCUUUGGAAUAUGUAAUGACAGUUAGAGAAUUAGGAAAUGAUUUAGACAGAGCAAAGAAUAAUGAAACCUUACAACAAUUUCUUACUCAAGCGACAAUCAUGGUAGUUUCAGUUACCGCAUCAACGACACAGGGACAACUACUAACAGAAGAAGAAAAGGAAGCUAUUUGCGAAGCUUGUGACAUGGCGGUAGAAUUAAAUAACUGCAAACUGAAGAUAUUUGAAUAUGUAGAGAGUAGAAUGGCAUUCAUUGCACCAAAUUUGUCUGUGAUAGUGGGUGCAUCUACAGCUGCAAAAAUUAUGGGUGUUGCUGGAGGUUUAACUAAGUUAUCAAAAAUGCCAGCCUGUAAUAUUCUAGUUCUUGGAUCGCAAAAAACGACAUUAUCUGGAUUUUCCCAAGUAGCAACUUUACCUCAUACGGGGUUUAUAUAUUACUCUGAUAUUGUACAGGACACUCCGCCUGAUUUAAGACGAAAAGCAGCAAGACUUGUAGCAGCUAAAAGUAUGUUAGCCGCUCGUGUUGACGCAUGUCAUGAAAGUACAGAUGGUCAUAUUGGUCAAAUGUUUCGUGAAGAAAUUGAGAAAAAAUUAGAUAAACUCCAAGAACCUCCACCUGUAAAAUUUGUAAAGCCUUUACCAAAACCUAUUGAUCCAGGUCGAAAGAAGCGCGGUGGUAAACGUGUUAGAAAAAUGAAAGAACGUUACGCCAUAACUGAAUUCAGGAAACACGCAAAUAGAAUGAAUUUCGCAGAUAUAGAAAAUGAUGCUUAUCAAGAAGAUCUUGGUUACACACGUGGUACAAUUGGUAAAGCAGGAACCGGUCGAAUCAGGUUGCCCCAAAUUGAUGAAAAAACUAAAGUGCGGAUAUCAAAAACAUUGCAGAAGAAUUUACAGAAACAGCAGCAAUGGGGUGGAAGUACAACAGUUAAGAAACAAGUCUCUGGUACAGCAUCCAGUGUUGCGUUUACGCCAUUGCAGACUAGAAAUUAUCUUUUAUGUGUGUGA